UUUCCCUGGAUCGGUCUCACACAUUCUAGAAAUUACCCAAAAGCGCCAUACUGCUGGAACAGUGCACAGAACUAAUGCCAAUUGCUCUGCGUGAUAUUACAAACGAUGGAUGACACAGAAAUACAGCUGUGCCCGCGCAUUACCACGGUGUCGAAAGAUGGGCAUGCGGAUGACCCUGGCCAACAAGUGAAGUCGAACGCUAUCGUACGGUUUUCGGUCGUACAAAGUACGGUACCGUUCGGUCGGUUGAAGUGCAACACCAAUCUAAACAUGCCACCCUCGAACUGGUUAAGCAAUUCGGCCAACUCGUACGGACUGGGACAAUUCCUAUCCCAUCAGGCGGGAUUUAGUAGCUUCCGGAUGGCCAACAUGUUUCCCGACUGUGUCGGUGGGGUGGAUGUGGUUUCGGAUGCGGAAAACAUUAAACGAUUGCUCAAGCUACCGUACUCGCGGAAGAGUGUCAUCUCGAUGAUUGUGCAUCGGAUCGAAAAUACGUUGCUCAUCGAUGAGUUCGAUGUGGCGAAAUAUUUGCUGCUGCAGGAGGAAGCCGACUGGCAUUGGUUGCGUUCGUUCAUCUAUGAAAACAUACUCAAAAGUCUCAACGAUAGUGAGCGCAAGCUGUUUCUGCAUCCAAAAACACGUGAAGCCUUUCAGCAAAAGUAUCUUACGUCCAAGUUUCUGUACCAUAGUUUACAGUCGGGCGAACAGGAUGAUGCUACCAGGAGCGAACCACACACUGUAGUGCAGAAUGAUUGCGCACCGUACACACCACUGCCACUGGCGGGCCCGGUACUGCCGGAACCGACGAAAGAGGAGCACUUUCCCGAUGCACAGCAAACGAACCACAUGUUUAACCGGAACGUGAUUUGGACAUUCGAGGACAUCCGUAUGCUAAUCGGUACUGAUAUGCCGAUCUUUGGUGGAGCGAAUCGACCGUGCAUCAGUUUGCGGCUACGAGACGAAUCCAAACCGAUUAACGUACUGACCGGAAUCGAUUACUGGUUAGAUAAUUUAAUGUCCAACGUGCCGGAAGUCGUUAUGUGCUACCAUCUGGACGGGAUUGUGCAGCGGUACGAGCUGAUCAAGACGGAAGAUUUACCUCGUUUGGAAAAUUCCGAAUUUUCACCACAACUGAUCCGCAACGUGGCACAAAACAUCCUUGCAUUCCUGAAAGCGAACGUUACAAAGGCAGGACACACGUACUGGUUGUUUAAAGCACGCAAUGAUGAUGUGGUGAAGCUGUACGAUUUAACCACACUUUGCAAAGCACACGGAGAAGGUUCCACGGCGGAGGAUGAGACGGAGGAAGGAGAAGGAAAGGAAAAGCUUCCUCCAAAGGAUCCAGCAGGAGCCGGUGGAGAGGAUGGGGAGGAAAACCAUCCCACCGGUGGUCAGAAUCCUUUUACCGUGCCGGUAGCGAUGUUGCUGUACACCGUAGCAAGAAAUAUGAAAAAUUCCGUUGAAAAUGGAAACUUAUCAGCAUCGAGAGCGGGCGCCAUCCGGACCCUGCUGAACAAUUGCAUUAAAUUACUGCCCAAAGAAAAGUAUCCACAGAUAGUGACGUCUUCGCACUAUAUUUUAUCGGAUUUGCAUAUUCCUGCCGACACGGAUCCUGGUUCACCCAAAUUCAACACAACGCUCGAAGAGGACGAUGAUGAAACCGGAUAUCUGUGUGGAGAACGUAAUUCCACUCCGUCCGAGAACGGGCUAGACGAGACGGAAGAUGAGGCCCCUACUACUGGCGACGAACAGGGAGAGCGACAAGGUCGACCAGGCAAUGGGACAAAACUGGAAGCUGCAAUUAAAAGCAUCAAAGAUACGUUGAAAGAGUACAAAGUGGAGGAACGAUUGGGUAAGCAUCACAACUCCCGACCAGCGCCACUUCUCUGUGACACGACGGAACGAUGCAUCAUUGCCCUACAGCACAUCGUCGACGGUCUUCAGUGUUUGCAGUAUUUUGACAGCUACGAGGAGCAAAAGCAGCGCGAAAAGGAAAAAGAAGCCGAACGGCAAAAGAUUGUUCACGAAGAGACAAAUCCUAACAUGGCAAAAUCGGACAAUCCCAUCCCACUGCCAUACCAGCCCCUUCGUCCCGAAGCACGUCCAAUCGAUCCGGAAAAGAUUAUUCCGAUGGGCUGGAAGCAAACAGGGCAGCAGGAACAAGCUUUAUCGGAGGAGAAAGAUUCGGAGGCGAAAAAAGGUGGCAAAAAGCGUUCGAAAGGAAGAGGCGCAGAAAAGUCGCAAAAAGUUGGCACCAAUAGUAAGCAAACCGAGUCAGAUCGGGCACAGGAAGUAGAUCCACGGGCAUUGCUGCUUAAGGGACAGAUCGGUGUAAUUAAAUCGUGGAACGUUCAUCUGAAGAUUCUGCUGUUCGAGAAAGCGUGCCUCGUGUAUGCGACCAUGGCCGAACAGGAGUACGCCCAGCAACGGUACGGCGCGACACUUCGCCAUCUGUAUUCGGCCAUCCGUUGUCAGCAGGUCGUAACGAAGUACAUCUCAUGCGUGUCCUCUCAGCGCAGCCUUUUGCUCGGCCGUGCAGGCGAUUGCUUUUUCCAGCUCGUUAAAGAUUGGAAUCGAAUCGGCGAACAUUUGGCACAGUUCGCUGACGAGCAUCAUCUCGAUCAGCUCAUAAUGGAGGAGCUGGUGAAGGAUAUUGGUAGCGAGGUGGAGAAUACGCUUCCCGCCCCAACGGAAAACAUCGAACAGCUGAUGAUAACGAGCUGCAGCUGUUACGAGACGGCGAUCAGUGGUGCUGCCAAGGACUCGCAGGACGAGCUGCGGCGACGGUUGGGAAGCGUCCGUAACGAGCUUGGCGUAAAGUAUAUGCACUGGGCACAGGAAGAGUAUCAAAAGUAUUGGGCCGUGGAGCGACCGGAUGAUGGGUCGGCGAUAGAUACGCCAGAACCGUUGUAUCAACUGUUGUCGAAAAAGUCGUACGAUUCGCUCAAGAAAGGUGUCGCGUUGUUUGAAGCAGUUAACGACACAACGAAUUUGGCUUUCUUGCUUUGUAAUAUGGGACGGUUUAUGCGAUUCCGGGCACACAUUCAUCUCGUUGGAGAACGACCCAAUAAUGUGGCUGUUCAGAAAAAGUUCUACCACGAAGCCUUCGCUUACUAUCAGCGCGCUCUCGGGACGCUCGGGACACGCAAGGAAAAUCCGGAACUAUGGUCCCUGGUUACGUGGGAACUAUCGACCGCAACGUUCAAUCUGGCCAAGCAACUGCAGGAUCAUAACGUGAUCGAAGGACAGUCGCAGGAAGAAAUAGAACAGGAAGUAGUCGAUAUGCUUCAGCGAGCACUGAAGCUGUGCGAUCAGGAUAACAGUGGGCCGAAACAGGUGCUUUACUCAUUCCGCGCCGGUUUAAUACACCACAGGAUUGCAUCCUAUCACCACAUGUCCUACCGCUACACGGUGGACGAACAUCGUCGUAAAACCUGUCUGCGAUUGACCAAACUGCACUACGAAAAAGCAGCCAGUAUAUUCGAAAGCCUCUCCGAACCGCAAGAGUUUCUGCAGAUCCAAAUGGAAAGGAUCGCACUGCAGGAGUACCAGUGCGAACAAGCAUCGGCAACAACUGCCAAAACACACCAUCUACUGAUAGCGCUAGCUCUCUGUAAGCAAGCGUACCCACUCAUAGAACAUAUUGCCUGUGUAAAACCGCACGCCACUGAAGAUUCUUUGACCCGCGAUGGUGGUGGUGGUUACCAAGAACUUCAAAAGCUGUUGGAAUUAUUUGAAAAACGACUACAGGUGAUAUUGCUAACGCUCACAAAACUUUCGCUACAAGCGACAGGAAACCCGAAGGAACAUACGGCCGCCCACUAUAAAGCCCUGUACGCGAUAGCCCUAAGGAAAUGUCCAGCCCGGAUAGCGGAAGACACUCCCAAAGUCAGCGAAGCGGACGAGAUAAAAGAGUAUGCCUUGCACUUGUCCAACAUGUUGCGUCAAGUAUGUGAUCAAGAUCGACAGCACGAAGCAGUGUCGCGAUAA